AUGGAAAUAUGGCUACUCUCAAUAGGAUCAGCUGCUGUGGCCAAAAUUGGCCAGGAGGAUAUUAUAGAGAUGCUUUCCCACCUCUUAGCUCUAUCGACUAUAAUAGUAUUGGUAGCAGGUCAUGGGAGAUUGUUGGAUCCUCCAUCCAGAGCUUCAAUAUGGAGAUUUAAUGCAAACGCUAAACCUAAUUACGACGACGCCGGCCUGAACUGUGGAGGAGUGUAUCGGCAACAUGUUCGUAAUAGAGGAAAGUGUGGUAUUUGUGGGGACCCGUACGACAUGAAGGAGCCUAGGCCACAUGAAAUAGGAGGCACUUUCGGCAAAGGCAUCAUUGCAGCAAAGUACAAAGCUGAACAAAUAUUGCCAAUAACAGUUGAAAUAACUGCUUUCCACCAAGGCUACUGGACCUUCAAGAUCUGUCCAAACCCUAAAUCAACGUCUCAGUCAUGCUUUGAUAAAUACCCGCUUGAACUUGUUAAUGGAGAUAUGAAAUUUUAUCCCCCAACACAAGGAAAGCAUAUUGUAAAGUAUCGACUUCCAAAAGGGUUAUAUUGUGAGCAUUGUGUUCUCCAAUGGAGAUAUAUUGCUGGUAAUAGUUGGGGUGAUUGCGACAAUGGAACCUCACAAUUAGGGUGUGGAAGUCAGGAAACUUUUGGAGCCUGUUCAGAUAUAUCCAUCAGUGCGCCUAAUUUCAUCCAAGGAGGAUCGAUGCCGACACACGUAGCUUAUUCAGGCAAUGUCGAUAAAGAUCUGCUGGACUUCUUACGGAAAAUGACACGAAAGACCAUUAAAAAGAAACCAAAUAAACCGUCAAUUAAACAUAAAAAUAAGCAUAAAAAGAAAAGCAAUCGAAAACCUAGAGAAAGACAAACUAAACACUCCAAAAGAAAAAAGGUCUUCUUUUGGGAA